CAUCUGUCUCCUUCCUCUAUCCGGUUAUGGAGGUCUGCUAGAAGAGACAUUUAAACCCAUCUGCGCUCACAUAAACUCCAAUCCUCCCGCCCAGGAACCAGAAACCAGAAACCAGACUUAUUUUAAACACACAGCUCAAGAUGCCUGUGGCUGUAGGUCCGUAUGGCCAGACUCAGCCGAGCUGUUUUGACCGGGUCAAGAUGGGGUUCAUGAUGGGGUUUGCAGUAGGAAUGGCUGCUGGCGCCAUGUUUGGCACUUUCUCCUGUCUCAGGAUCGGCAUGCGUGGCAGGGAGCUGAUGGGCGGAGUAGGGAAGACUAUGAUGCAGAGCGGAGGGACGUUUGGCACCUUCAUGGCCAUCGGUAUGGGCAUCCGCUGCUGAGGAGGACGAGGAAUAAUAUCCUCCUCAACACAGCUGUACAGCUAUGGGACUCUUCCAGUAACCUUUACCACCGCUCUCUGUCUGCUCGAUGCUGUCACACUCUCUACGUUCGACCGUCUAGUUUUGUCAAUAAAAGUUCAGUUUGUCAAAUGGU